AUGCAGUCAUUUGCAACAAAUGUUUUAACUGCUAUCAGAGGCAGCCGAGACCAGUUGAUGUCAAGGAGAUGUCAACCUGUCCGAAUCCUCUGGAAUAGGAAGGAUGAAUCCUGUACAAAUGAAUGCUCAGUUCCAUUUGUAAACAGAUGUUCCGACUUGUGUGCCUUGUGGCGGUUUUGGCAGGUUGAUAUUUCAGUGGCUACCAACGCCUACCGCCGUGUGUGUUAUUAUACUAACUGGUCACAAUAUAGACAAAGCCCUGGUAAAUUCUUUCCCGAGAAUGUCGACUCCUCUCUAUGUACACAUGUCAUCUAUGCUUUCGCGACUCUCAAUGGCAAUCACUUGAAGGCAUUCGAAUGGAACGAUGAGAGCACGUCAUGGUCAACAGGAAUGUACGAGCGAUUUAAUGCAAUGAAGUCUCAGAACCCGUCCGUGAAGACUAUGAUAGCGGUUGGUGGCUGGAAUUUGGGAUCUGCACCUUUCACAAGAAUAGCAGCCUCCGAUCAAAGUCGUACAGACUUCGCCAAUGAUGCCGUGAAAUUCCUUCGUUCCCAUGACUUUGACGGACUUGAUUUCGACUGGGAGUAUCCAGCCAACAGGGGGAGUCCGGCUGCCGACAAGCAAAAUUUCGUCUCCCUUGUUAAGAAAACACGUGAAGCAUUUGAUGCAGAGGCACAAACAAGCGGCAAACCCCGUCUACUCCUCUCGGCAGCUACAGGAGCAGGAAAGUCAAAGAUUGAAACUGCAUACGACUUGCCCCAACUCGUAAAGUAUCUAGAUAUGAUCAACCUUAUGACCUAUGACCUGCACGGUGCGUUUGAGGACCACACUGGCCACAACAGUCCUCUAAAGGCAGGUCCAAUGGAUACUGGUAAUGACACCACCCUUAACGUGGAAUGGGCUGCCAAAGAAUAUGUAAAGAGAGGAACACCUAAGAGUAUGCUUAACGUCGGAAUGCCUCUAUACGGUCGCUCCUUUACACUGGCGGGCUCUAACACCGAUGUGAAUGCUCCCAUUCGAGGUGCAGGAACUGCUGGCAGGUAUACCGGAGAGGGUGGCAUUCUUGCAUACUACGAGAUCUGUAAAAUGAUUCCCGGCGCUCAGAAGCACAUCAUACAGGGAGAGGAAGUGCCUUACAUCGUGAAGGGUGAUCAGUGGGUAGGCUACGAUGAUGAAGAAAGUCUCCGUAAGAAGGUGGACUUUGUUAAACAAGAACAAUAUGGUGGUGUGAUGGUUUGGAGUUUGGAUAUGGAUGAUUUCUCAGGAUCCUGCGGAGAAGGGAAAUACCCACUUUUGCACGCUAUCAACGACGAGUUGACAAGAUCUGCAGUUCCUAACUCGGUAACAAACGCACCGACCACUUCACAACAGUCAAUGGCAACUAACGGACCAGCUCAAAUGACAACGGUGUCGCAAACAAACCCUCCAGUCACAGGUGAACCCCAGACAAAUGCUCCAGUCACGGCUGCGCCCCAGACAAACACCCCAGCCACAGGUGCACCCCAAACGAUUGCUCCAGUAACGGCUUCGCCACAAACAAACGCUCCGGUCAGUGUUGUACCCCAGACAAACGCUCCAGUAACGGCCACGCCGCAAACAAAUGCUCCUGUCAGUGGUGCACCUCAGACAAACGCUCCAGUCACGGCUGCGCCCCAAACAAACACCGCAGCCACAGGUGCACCCCAAACGAUUGCUCCAGUAACGGCUUCGCCACAAACAAACGCUCCAGUCAGUGUUGUACCCCAGACAAACGCUCCAGUAACGGCCACGCCACAAACAAAUGCUCCCGUUAGUGGUGUACCACAGACAAACGCUCCAGUAACGGCUGCACCCCAAACAAACGCUCCGGUCAGUGGUGUACCCCAGACAAACGCUCCAGUAACGGCCACGCCACAAACAAAUGCUCCCGUCAGUGGUGUACCACAGACAAACGCUCCAGUAACGGCUGCACCCCAAACAAACGUUCCAGUCACAGGUGCACCCCAAACAAACGCUCCAGUCACGGCCACGCCACAAACAAAUGCUCCUGUCAGUGGUGUACCUCAGACAAACGCUCCAGUCACGGCUGCGCCCCAAACAAACGUUCCAGUCACAGGUGCACCCCAAACAAACGCUCCAGUCACGGCCACGCCACAAACAAAUGCUCCUGUCAGUAGUGUACCUCACACAAACGCUCCAGUCACGGCUGCGCCCCAAACAAACGUUCCAGUCACAGGUGCACCCCAAACAAACGCUCCAGUCACGGCCACGCCACAAACAAAUGCUCCUGUCAGUGGUGUACCUCAGACAAACGCUCCAGUCACGGGUGCACCCCAAACAAAUACCCCAGUUACAGGUGCGCCCCAAACAAACGCUCCAGUCACGGCCACGCUACAAACAAAUUCUCCUGUCAGUGGUGUACCUCAGACAAACGCUCCAGUCACUUCUGCGCCCCAAACAAACGCUCCAGUCACUGGUGCUCCCCAGACAAACGCUCCAAUCACUUCGACUUCUAAAGUCACUACAUCCGCACCUGUCGCCCACCAUACGGUAUCCACCACCAACCACUUCAACUGUGCCUCUCAGAGUGCCGGUUUUUACCCAAGUCCUACUGACUGUUCAAAGUACUACAUCUGUGCUGGUGGGUCCGCGUUUGAAGUGUCGUGCACACCAGGUCUGUACUUUAAUGCCAACACCUUAUUUUGUGAUUAUCCUAGCAAUACUCAAUGCAAAGGCAGUAUGCAACCUUCCUCACAGCCACCUGCACUGACACAGAAUCCAGCCGUUACCAUGACAACGAUGUCUCCUACAAAUGCACCAGUCACGACAAUGCCACCUCAACCAGUUGCCACCAAUCCUCCGGCAACUAACGCACCAGUAUCCAGCACUCAAGCAUCAACUCCAGGUCCACAGCCAACACACAAACCUCAUCGCCCAGUAAAAUUCUGCUCCGGGAAGGCCGAUGGUAUUCACGCCGAUCCUAAUGACUGUGCACAUUUCUAUGAAUGUGCAUCUGGUUUGCAAUUCCACGAGAGAUGUUCUCCUGGAACUGUGUUCAACUUCAAAACUCUCGUUUGUGACUUUCCUCAGCACGUGCCACAUUGUUCGGGAUCAGGGAGAUAA